AUGCAUGGCAAGCUGGCUGGAAAGACUGCCAUGGUGGAGCAAAAGACAAUGAGAACGGCGAGAGGAGUCCAGCCAGAAUCACAGGUGCAAAGAACUAGUACCGCAUCAGACGAGAGGAAUUUAUCUUCAAGAGUGCCACCUAUCUCAGCUGCUCCAUCACAUCCUGUUGCCGAUAUCAUCAACGACUCUCCAUCUACCCCAAAUUGGAGCCCGACUCAGUUCGAGCAGGCAGCUCUCGUGGUCUUCGACCUGGAAUCCGAACCGACGGAGCUGGAUUCGGACGGCUUAGAUGAGAUUACCGACCAGCAGUUUGACAACCUGCCACUGGGAAAUAAUUACGCUGUGCCAUUGAACCCAUUGGACCCGUACAACAUUCCCCAGGAACUCAAAUCUAUUCUCAACUACCACCUGCUUGAAGUCGCUCCGAAACUGGUUGUUGACGACGCCGCAGCUCGCAACCCUUAUUCGCAAUUCAUCCUUCAACUUGCGGUGGAGAAGCCACCACUUCUCUACGCGUGCGCGGCUCUUGCUGCGAGUCAUCGGCAUGUCCGACUCUCGAAUGAGAGUUGCAAGGUUGACUGCUUGAGAUUCCGAGGCAAGGCGAUGCGCCGGUUACAAGAACAGCUGUGGUCGGAACAGUGUGCAAAGGACGAUGGAAUUCUCACCACCAUCCUGAUGCUGACCCUGACUGACAUGAGUCGUGGUGAUCCUUCAAAUUUCGACGCACAUUUCAAUGCCUCCAAAAGACUCAUCAAUCUCCGGGGCGCCAAGCUCACUCGUGAUGCAUUUGUUGAACAAUACAUUGCAUGGCUCGACAUAAUGUGCGCUGCUAAUAACAAGCGGGAGGCACUGUUCACCUCCGAAGAUAUUGCCCAUUUCACCGGACCAUCGGGAGAAUGGAGCCACGAUGUCUUUCCAUGCCCUCCAGACCAAUUCACCAUCGUCUCAGAAGUUGUUCGACUUUACAAAUCGCAACCCGACCCUCGAAAUCCAGCACCCGAAGUUAUAGCAAAGAUUGAAGAGCGAAAGAGACAAUUGUUAUGCCUUCCCAUGCACACUGAAAGGGGUAUCGGGUGGUUUCAUCUCACCGAAGCUUUUCGCCACGCGAUUGCUCUUUAUAUGAUUCGCCUUUUUCACAUCGAAGCCGACCCGGACGAGAUGGUGUGGCUGACGCAAAGCGUGUUCUAUCACUCGAAGCUUACGCCGCCCUUUACUGGAUGGACUAAUCAUCUACUGUGGCCUCUGUUCCAUGCAGGACUAGAACUUCGGGAUGAACGCCAGAAGCAGUGGCUGCGAGAAAGAUCGGAGGUCAUGCAACGAAGCGGAGGCUUUCGCAAUGUCGACACAUCUAUGAAGAUUCUCGAACAGGUUUGGAGCAGUGGCUGUCGGCCAGACCACACGGAUUUCCUGUCCCCAGACUCCUUCAACACCAUGGUUUUCGUGUGAGCAUAC